AUGGAGACCGGGAGCAUCCUAGAGACGAUCGGCCAGGAGAUCAUCGCCGUGAUGGCUCCCGUCUCCAUCUGCAUGCUCCUCGUCGUCCUCCUCGUCUACUCCGUCUACAACCCCUCCUCCUCCUCCUCCGCCGCCGCCUCGGCGACCUUCCGCACCGCCGCCAACCUGGUCUACCAGGAAUCCCCCUCCGACUCCACCUCCCAGAAGCUCGAGGGCGCCAUCCUCAACGCCGCCGUCUUCGUCGCCUUCAUAACCCUCGUCACGUUCCUCCUCGUCCUCCUCUACUACUACCGCUUCACCAAUUUCCUCAUCUACUACACCAGAUUCUCCGUCUUCAUGAUCUUCUCCGCCAUGGGCAGCUCGAUCCUCAUCUCCGUCAUCCAGAGGUUCAACAUACCCAUCGACGCCCUCACUUUCUACUUUCUCCUCUUCAAUUUCACCGUCCUGGGCACGAUCUCCGUCUUCUCCAACGGGAUCCCAAUAAUCGUGAAGCAGGGCAAUAUGGUCAUUUUAGGGAUUAUCGUGGCUGCCUGGUUUUCCCGGCUGCCGGAGUGGACCACUUGGGUCGUUCUGGUGGCCUUGGCAUUAUACGAUCUGGCGGCAGUUUUGGCGCCCGGUGGGCCAUUGAAGCUUCUGGUCGAGUUAGCUUCUAGCCGGGAUGACGAGCUUCCGGCACUGGUCUACGAGUCGAGACCGAAUUUGGGGCAGAAUUCGAGCUCUCGGGAUUCGAGUUUAGGGCUUUUGAUCGCAACAAUAGUUGGAACAAGUGAUAAUAAUGGUAAUAACAGUGAUGGUGUGGAAUUGCAAGAAUUAUUGAGGAAUGCCUAUAGAGAAAACGCGAUUAGGGUUCAAGAAAGGGAUCAUUUGUCGAUUUCAAUUGGGGAAAAUCGGACGAGCAGAGGCGAAAUUGAGGAGGUGAGAGAUGAUGAAUCGGUCGAAACAUCGCCUCUAAUGGGAAAUCGAAUGGAAUCAAAUCCGAACGAGAAUGAGCUCACAGUUAACAACAACAAUGGUGAUGGGAAUAAUAGGGUUUUGCAGGAAAGGGUGGAUAUGGAAGAGGUGAAAUCGAGGGGGAUAAAGCUUGGGAUGGGAGAUUUUAUCUUCUACAGUGUGCUUGUGGGGAGGGCAGCUAUGUAUGAUUUAAUGACUGUGUAUGCUUGUUAUCUCGCCAUAAUAUCGGGACUCGGGUGUACUUUGAUAUUGUUGGCUAUUUGCCGUCAUGCUUUGCCGGCAUUGCCUAUCUCGAUUAGUUUGGGGGUUAUAUUUUACUUCUUGACGAGGCUUUUGAUGGAGCCGUUUGUGGUGGGGGCUUCGACUAAUCUGAUGAUGUUUUGA